UAUAAAAUCAAUGCUUUCUUGUUGUAUGUGAAAACAAACAAACGAAUGAAAAUUUAAAACACUCAACUUGUAACGGUAUUACCAAUAAUUAUAAUUUUUGUAUUUGGCAACAAUGAUUGUGUGGCAUGGCCCGCUGUAAACUUACACUUAUCGACUUUUGGACUCCAACAUCGAUUUCAUUGCAGGCUAUCGAUUGGUCGAAAGCCGAUUUAUAGAUUCGAACCAAAACAUGAAAUUCCGUUUUUGUGGCGAUGGUGAUUGUCCCGAUUGGGUGUUGGGUGAGAUCAUUUCUACACUGUCCGUGUUGGAGGCCAACCAAUUGAAAACUCUUGCAGACAUGGUAGCCAGGAAAAUAUUGGGACAGCAAUUUGAUGAGGAUGAAGUGAAGUCAUUGACGUCAACAGUGUCUUCGGACGGCAAGACAGCCAUUGCAUCCAUUCAUUUUCUGUUGAACAAUGCGGCUCGUCACAAUGCCAGUGAACUGGUGUUCAAUGAGGAAAUACAACAAUUGGGCUUGCCCAAGGAACAUGCCGCAGCAAUGUGCACUGUACUAACGGAACAUGCUAAAGCAAUACGUCAGCGUUUGAUUGAUAAGUCUUUUAAAAUUAACGAACUCGAAUCAAUUCGUUUUCUACCACCUACAAGUGAAAGCAUUAAUUGCAGUCGUUUCGAAUUGAAAAUCGCACAGGAUUUAGUGAACGGUUUGCCACAGGACACUACUCAUGUGCUGCACAUAGAUAACGCCCAGUUGCGUGUACUAUUGAAUGAAAUGAAACAUGCCCGCAGUAUUAUGGAUAAAUAUGAUAAUACGAAUUUUAAAAAAAUCUAAUAACUAUAUUUAACAAUUGUUCCAUCGGCUAACAAACGUCAUUUAGACAUUAAUGAUACGUAAGCGGUGGUAUUGUAUAUGCGAAAUCCAAAAAAAUUAUGUGAUAUAAAAAUCUUAUAUUCAAAAACUAA